AAAUUCUCUUUUUAUACAUAGUACGUCAUGGGUUUUUUUUUUUGUUUAUCACUGCCCAGAAGCCAGAUCAUCGACAGAGGAUCAAAUUUGUAUGAACUCUUUCAGAAGACAGAAUGAAUCAAACCUCCUGUGCUAAUUUCAAUCUACCAAUAGACUAUGAAAACAGAUUCCUGCCUUCUGUUUUCAUUGUAGUGUUCAUCGUUGGUCUGGUCGCUAAUGGAUGGGGACUGAAGUCAUUGCUACAGAAAUGGAAGAAACUAAAGAUCAUCAAUGUCUUUGUUCUCAACCUUGGACUUGCAGACAUUUUGUAUCUGGUCACACUACCAUUUUUGGUGGUGUACUACUUCAUGGAGAGUAAAUGGAUCUUUGGAGACACAUUCUGUAAGAUAACAAGAUUCUGCUUCAACCUGAAUCUAUAUGGCACCAUUGGUUUCCUUACUUGUAUAAGUGUAUACAGGUAUCUGGCUGUCGUCCAUCUGAGAGUGAUGGGAGGAAUAACUGUCACCCACUCUGUGGCUGUCUCAGUUAUGAUUUGGCUGUUGGUGGGAGUUCAGAGUCUUCCAGACAUGUUCUACACCAAGACAUAUGGAAACACCACUGGGAAAUGCUUCGAUACCACCUCCCAAGCCUAUGUUGAGGAUUAUCUGAAAUACAGCCUUGGAUGGACAUUCACUGGGUUUUGUAUCCCAUCUCUCAUCACACUAGCCUGCUAUGGACACAUAGCUGUAGUUUUAUGGACAAUGAAGAGAACUGACAAGGUACAGAAGCAGAGAAGUUUGAGGUUGUUGUUUAUUUUGAUCCUUCUCUUCUCUGUUUGUUUCAUCCCACAUCAUUUAUUCAAGAAUCUCAACCUCUGGUCAAGAGUUCUGUCCAAACAGAAGAUAUGCCAUGAAUGGCGUGAUAGAGUCUACAUCGCUCAUCAGAUAAGUCGUGGCCUUAUGUGUCUGAACAGUGCUCUCAACCCUCUGGUUUACCUGCAUGGAAAUGAAGAAAUUCCUGCUCAGCUCAGACAGCUGCUCCAGCGAGCUCGUCAGAUGAUCAGCCAUAUGUUUCUGUCAAACUCUGGCUCUGUGACUGUGGCACAAACUACAGAUGAGGUUUAACAUAAAUAAACAUGUUAGUAAAUCUAAAAAAAUCGAAACAUCUGUGCUGUUUGCCCAUGAACAUUGUAACAUUGUAGAAGUUAAAUAACAACAUUUAAUGACAAGGAUUUGUUCUUAACCCUUGUGUUGUCCUCUGGGUCAAAGUGACCUGGUGGCUGACAAUGUGCCUUCGUGUUUGUGUGUGUGUAUGUGUGUGUGUGUAGUAGGAUUUGUUGACAUUCGUGAUUCUGAAGCGGUUAUCUUUUGUUUUUGAAUAAUAGUAAGAUAGAAAAAAGUAUACGGAAUACAAAGGGCAACGGGAGGGUUAAGAUUGUCUGGCAUCUUUAUUUAUAGUCUACUGUUAAUUUUGUAUACUUCCUCAAAAAUUAACUUGUUUUGUUCUUUGUAUUUGUUGUUGUAUUUGAUCUUUUAUUUGCUGUUACUGUGCAGAAAAAGUAAAAAUAAACUGAAUAACUAAUUCACUUAUUGAGUGUGUGAAGAGAUAAUAUUAACACUGUGUGGUUUGGGGGUGGGGAUGCUCAGUGACAUACAGGAAGUGUACAGUUUUCUGUAGGAGCUUCACUUUCACUUAUCUAAUAAUUAGUAUUUCUUCUUUAUAAUGAAAAUUACAGCUUCACAGAGUCAGCAGAGGGGCAGCAGACUCUUAUCUUGUUUUGCAGUUUGCUUAU